AUGCGAUUUUUUUUUUAAUUUUUUGUUUGUGAAUGCUACAAUGAACGUGCUGUUUACAACCCUAGCAUGAAUGACCGAGAAAACCCUCGAAACUCUCUGUAACAAGACACAAGAGUUGAAGAGACGUUUCACAAACCGCAAAACCAAAAUACCGCCCUUUCAACUCCAUGCCCAAAUGCCAACCAUUCAACACCAACUCCAUCCUCAAGGCUCUCAACAACUUGUUUUCGUUCCCAAGUAAGUUCCUUUCUCUUUCUAUGCACUCUAACUUUUCAGCUCAUGCCAUUCCAUCCACCAAAACUAUUGAAACUGAACCCCUAAACCACACUCAACACUGUAACACCACUGACCAAGAAAAUGCCAUUGAACCUGACCCCCCAAUAUCUGAUAAGAUAUUCAAGUCGGGCCCCAAAAUGGGUUCUUACAGGUUGGGUGAUUCAACCUUUUAUUCCCUCAUUAAUAACUAUGCAAAUCUGGGCGAUUUUAAGUCUUUGGAGAAGGUUUUGGAUCGAAUGAAGUGCGAAAAGAGAGUGAUUUUUGAGAAAUGUUUCAUUGUUAUCUUUAAGGCUUAUGGGAAAGCUCAUUUGCCUGAAAAAGCUGUUGACUUGUUUGAUAGAAUGGCUUGUGAAUUUGAGUGUAAAAGAACUGUAAAGUCUUUUAAUUCGGUUCUUAAUGUGAUUAUACAAGAGGGUUUGUUUUAUCGUGCUUUAGAGUUUUAUAAUCAUGUUAUCGGUGCCAAAGGUGUCAGUAUAUCCCCUAAUGUACUUACUUUUAAUUUGGUUAUUAAGGCAAUGUGUAAGGUGGGAUUAGUUGAUGAUGCGAUCCAGGUGUUUAGAGACAUGACGAUUAGGAAAUGUGAGCCUGAUGUGUACACUUAUUGUACAUUGAUGGAUGGACUGUGCAAGGCGGAUAGGAUUGAUGAGGCAGUUUCGCUGUUGGAUGAGAUGCAAAUUGAUGGUUGUUUUCCUAGUCCUGUUACGUUCAAUGUGUUAAUCAACGGUUUGUGUAAGAAGGGUGAUUUAUCACGGGCCGCGAAGCUUGUAGACAACAUGUUUCUUAAAGGAUGUGUUCCUAAUGAAGUAACUUAUAACACACUUAUUCAUGGUUUGUGUCUGAAAGGGAAGCUGGAAAAGGCAAUUAGUCUUUUGGAUCGGAUGGUAUCGAGUAAAUGUGUGCCUAAUGUGGUCACAUAUGGGACAAUCAUUAAUGGACUUGUUAAGCAAGGAAGAGCUCUUGAUGGGGCUUGUGUAUUGGCUUCGAUGGAGGAAAGGGGGUAUUGUGUUAAUGAGUAUGUUUACUCAACACUAAUUAGUGGGUUGUUUAAAGAGGGGAAAUCUCAAGAGGCAAUGCAUUUGUUCAAGGAGAUGACAGUAAAAGGAUAUGAGCUCAACACCAUUGUAUAUAGUGCUGUUAUUGAUGGUUUAUGCCGGGAUGGAAAGCCAGAUGAUGCGGUGGAAGUUCUUUCUGAGAUGACUAAUAAGGGCUGCACACCUAAUGCAUACACCUGUAGCUCGCUGAUGAAGGGAUUCUUUGAGGCAGGUAAUAGCCAUAGAGCUGUUGAAGUGUGGAAAGACAUGGCAAAGCAUAAUUUUACUCGGAAUGAGGUUUGUUACAGUGUACUCAUUCAUGGGUUAUGCAAGGAUGGGAAAGUCAAGGAGGCUAUGAUGGUGUGGACACAGAUGUUGGGCAAAGGAUGUAAGCCUGAUGUUGUGGCUUACAGUUCAAUGAUUAAUGGCCUUUCCAUUGCUGGCUUAGUAGAAGAUGCUAUGCAACUUUAUAAUGAGAUGCUUUGUCAGGGACCUGAUUCUCAACCAGAUGUGGUCACAUAUAACAUACUAUUGAAUACAUUGUGCAAGCAGAGUAGCAUCCCUCGUGCCAUUGAUCUUUUAAAUAGCAUGCUGUAUCGGGGAUGUGAUCCUGACUUGGUUACAUGCACCAUAUUCUUAAGAAUGUUGAGAGAGAAGCUGGACCCACCUCAGGAUGGGAGGGAGUUUCUAGAUGAGCUUGUGGUUCGUCUUUUAAAGCGACAGAGAGUUUUAGGUGCAUCUAAAAUUGUAGAAGUGAUGCUGCAAAAGCUUUUGCCACCAAAACCCUCUACUUGGGCACGAGUUGUCGAAAAUCUAUGUAAACCUAAGAAGGUUCAAGCGGUCAUUCAGAAGUGUUGGAGCAUCCUGUAUUAAUGAUUCAUUGGGUUCUCUGUGACGUUCUUGUGAAGCUCAUAUGAUCAUAAUGAACCUCUAGCUUAUAGAGCAUAGACUUCUGUCACAAUUAUAUGGAGUGUGUGACCAGGGCAGGUGUUGGUGAAUACGAAUUUGAAACGAACUGUUGGAGGAGUUGAGUACAUUGUGUUUGAGGAAGCUUGGUUUUAAAUCAAAAGCUCUUUGGAAGCGUAUGCGAAUAUUUUAAUUUUGGAGAUAGAUAAUCACCGGAGACAAGUUGUUGGUUUGAGCACUGAGAGAACUGGAUGAAUGUUUAAAGUGGCAGGUAUUAUGCUUUCUCCGGCAAACAUCUAGAAAGACUUUCAUAGUUGCUAAUAUGUAUCUAAAUUUUAUGGAUUUUGAUAUUGAAGUUAGGGAGACCCUUCUCCGGCAUCAGGAGAUCAUAUUUCAUGGUGGGUUGUUGGGUGCUUUAUGCAAGUGCAAUGAAGAUAAUGUUUAACCAACCUUUUCUGUUUGGCUUUGUUCCAGAGGAGGUGCAGUCUUUUGUGUUCUUGAACUUUUGGAACUGUUUUGAUGAUGCUUAGGAUGGUUCUUGUGUUGCUGAUAAAUAGCUGGAAUAGAAGAUUUGGGGGGACAAAUUAGUCAUAAGAUUUGGGAAAUCUUGAGGUGGUCGAAUGGAAGUAUGGCUUUUCUGAGGACCUGGAGCUUCCUUUUCAUAGGAUUGAACCUCCUAUCUUGGGAUCUUUUUCUCCAGCAUUGGAGGCUUUUCCCUGAAUAUUGAUGUUCUUUAAGUUUUGGAGUUGUCAGAAGCUAUUUUUAUUUCUUGUCCUUUUUUUGCUCUCAUCAUUUUGUGGUUAACGUACUUUCUUUGGCUCUUUUGUCUAUACUUACAGAUGCUGGUUAUUUACUCUCACUUCUGAUUAUUUUUUUAAUGCUCAUCGUUAGAAAUAUGGGUUUUCCAAUUUUAUUUUUGUAUGCUAGUGUGCCUUUUAAUCACUGUUUGUGGAAAUGUUCAAGAGUGGUUUGUCUUCCUUUUCUUCUUUUUAUCCCCUCAUGGUUACCUGCUCUCUCUUAUGUAAUGCCCUUACGCUGGUUAGUUUUCUCUUGCUUUUAUUUAUUUCAUACCCAUCAUCAAACAAAAUAAGACUUCUCCAAGGAUAGUUUUUACCCCUGUGCCCUUUUAAUAGUUGCAUACAGAAAAUGCUUUUAGUGAGAAAUUUGUGCUUUCUGUUUGCUUUCUUGUGUUCAGUUUGGUCACUUAGAAUACUGAAUAGAAAAGCCUGAAAUUGAAGAUUUCCAAUCUCUUGUAAGUGGAUAGAAAUAUGAAAUCUAGGACAUUACAAGACAAGGCACAGGGAAACAUUUUGGAAGAUAUGUGAUUUGCAAGCCACAUUGCUGCUUUUUAUCUAAAAGUUGAUACAUUAAAAUGUUGUCAGUUAUCUUUGAUCAGCUCAAGAUGUCAUAAUUUUAAAUUGUAGUUGCAGGACUGAGACUUUGCAGGUGUUACAUAAUGAUUGCGGCUAUGGUUGUCAUGAAUCAUUUGUAAUUCUUAAUAAAUUUUAGCGUGCAUGCUUCUUUAAUAGUUUCACAAUAGAUGUACAAUAAUAACACUUCUAGUAGCUAAAUAUCAUAUAAGCAAUGCAUUACAACUAUCAAAAGAGUGAAAAAGUGUGAAACCAUGAACUUGAAAUGCAAAAAAUCAUAUUAGUAUUUAGUAAGUAGACUGUUAUCGACCCAUUAUUUUCACAAAUAGCCUAUAAUGGCCGUUACCGGACAUUACAUGAGAACAUUAUGGCCAUUUUUCUUGUGAAUUGCCAGUAACAGCUCUAUGACAUCGAGUGAUGGUAAUGGGGCUCUCUGUCUCCGUAUGGCUGUUAAAUUUAUGCAAGAUGGGGCAAGGAUGCCAGUUAUUUUACAGGCUGGGUCUGAAAUAAUUCUGCAUAGAUGCUGCUCUGCUCUGUUAUUCUUAUUUUAUUCAAAAUAAACAUGAUCGUUUAUAUACUAAUAUCAGGACGCAUAAUAUUUGGUUUGGUAACUUAAGGAUGAAGAAGAUGAUUUUAAGCUCCUUCUCUUGCAAUCUUAUCUUCAUAUUUCUUCUGUUGAUUCUGCUUUGUGAUGCAGAUGAGCCAUAUCAUUAGAAUGGAGACCAAAGAAGACAUGGUAAAUUAGCAUUACCACUGUACAAAUACCAAAUCUUUCAAAAGCCUUCGCGCCCAAAGAUCCCAUUAGAAAGAUGUUUAUUGCAUUUGACAGGGAUGGAAGCCAUGGAACAAGUGGAACCCCAAAGACUUUCUCUGUUGAUGUAACAUCAUGGAUAAUCCAAUAGUCCUCAAGAACCAAAAAGGAACGAUUACAGCAUAUCCAGCCUAACCAUUGGGAUUCAAUCCUCUGUAAGCAGAAAUUCCCAUGGACAAAGCAAUAAUGAUUAGCAGGAAGAAGACCAACUUCAAGAGGUUUAUUUGUGGUGUGAUUUCUCUGACAUAGUAUCUCCUCACAAGUAAUGCAGCAGCCAUCAUCAUGAAGAUAAAUAGGGUGCUUUCUGACAAAAAAAUUACCAAGACAUCCAGGCUUGAGAAAAAAGCAAUGAGAGCACUUGAAAUGGUGAUAAGAAGUGUUGCAUUUAUUGGUGUUCUUGUCUUUGGUUGGACAAGAGCAAACCAUGGAGGGAUCAUGUGGGCUCGUGCAAUAUGAGUAGUACACUGCUUGUCCAGGCGCCCCUGCCAGAAGGAUGUCCCCUUGAGGGCUCCAAGUGCUACUAGUUACUUAGCCCAGUUCAUUCCUACACUCUGAAAUGCAACAGAGUAAGGCCCGUCCGGGUCAUCUCUAUCUAUUUUUGUAUCAUACUUGGUGAAAGUGCCAUUAAGCAGUAUAUAAUGGUAAUGAUUGACAUGGAUCCAAGUACUCCUAACAGUAUGUGUCUUGAUGGGUUCCUUGUUUCUUCUGCCAUGGUGGCUAUAUUGUCAAAGCCUCCAUAAGCGAAGUAAACAAUUGCAGCUGCUUGGAAUAUCCCUUUCACCCCAAAAGGCAAAAAUGGUUUCAGAUUGGAUGUAUUGGCAUGAGCAAACCUGCAAUCUUGACAAAUAAAAUUACAGCAGUAUUGAGUGUCGUUGCUAUCCAAUUGAACACUGAAGUUUCCCUGGUGCUGGUCAUUGCAAUUGUUGCAGCAAUCACCAAAACUCGAACUGAAAUUGGAUCCAGGAGAUUGAAACCUUCAGCUAGAUUUGAAUGGAUGCGUAAAGAGUUGGAAGGACUGUCCAGAAGACUUGUGAAGUAAGAAGUCCAUGCCCUGGCAACUGCUGCACUGCCCAGGAUGCUUUCAAGCAAUAUGUUCCCUGCAGUUAUGAAAGCCACAGAGUCUCCUAAUUCAAUUCUCAAGUAACCAAAUGAACCACCUGCGACUGUGAUUUCAACUGCAAAUUCUGUGUAACAGAAUACAGAGAGCAUUGCUGAGACUUCAGAAGCAAAAUAGGACAAGACAAUGGCAGCUCCAGCAUGUAUGCAGGCCUCUUGUCCCGUGAGCACAAAAAAUACCAGCUCCAAUGACAACCAAAUCCAAACCAGUUAAGGUCCCACCAAGUGAGGCAGCGUUUCAUCUCAGUCUCACUCUGUUUCUGAAGCUCCGCAAUUUCAUUGGCAUCAUCUGAACAGCUGAUGAAAUUUUCCUUGAACUGGAAACAUGUCUCUGACAAUGCUGAAUGGUAGUUGCCCCAGCUUUGGAAGGACUCUUCUGGGAAGAAGUCUUGUUUGCUAAAUGUCCAAUAACUUUUAUGUUGAGUCUCACCACCAAUUUCUCCCAUGGAACCCAUAAUUAUAUUCUCGUGUGUCCUUAGUGAAGUAAACCGCAGAUGAUAUAAGUUAAGCUUUUAUGGGGACUGUUAUCUUGUAAA